AUGCACACCAGCAUCAGCGAGAUCCUGAAGGAGAAGAGCCUGAAGCCGUCUCGCCGCAGCCUGCCCUGCCUGGCCCAGAGUCAGACUCAUCCAAUCAACCUCAACCACUUCCUGUCUGUGCCUCUGAGCCCGGAGCCCAAACCAGAGGUCGAAGCUCUGAGUCAGAGCAUCAGCACUUCCUGCAGCAUCCUCCCCCCACAGACAGCAGAGGAUGGCAAGGAUCGUUAUACAGAGGAGUCCGAGGUGACUACAUGUGAAACGAGAGCGGACCAGUCAUUCCUGCUACAGAAGCCCUCCAUUCGUGCUAAGCUAGAGGCCCGUACGGAUUCACUAAAGGGAAAGAAAGCUGUUCAUUCCUCUGGACUCUUUUUCCGAGAUGGGAAAAAACGCAUCGACUACAUCCUGGUUUACAAGAAGUCCAGUCCACAGGUGGAGAAAAGGUGCACGUUCGAGAAGAAUUUACGUUCUGAGGGCCUGAUGUUGGAGAAAGAGCCGUCGCUGACGAACAACGACAUCAUGUUUGUGAAGGUCCACGCUCCUUGGGACUCACUUUGCAAAUAUGCAGAGCAGAUGAACAUCAGAAUGCCUUUCAGGAAAAAAUGUUACUUUUCAGACCGGAAGAGCAAAGCAUUGGGCAGCAGGUUCCAUCGGAGAUGUCGUCAGAUAAAAAGCUGGCUUCCCAGAAAUCCCAUGAAGCUGGACAAAGAGGCCUUGCCUGACCUGGAGGAGACCGACUGCUACACAGCCCCGUUCAGCAGAGCGCGCAUGCACCACUUCACUAUCAACAACAGAGGAACCUUCUUCUCCAACUCCACCAGAAGCAGAAUCGUCCAUCAUGUCCUGCAGCGCACCAAGUACGAGGAGGAAAAAUUAAAGAUGGGUAUCAACCGGUUAUUGGGCAACAACACCUACGAGGCUGCAUUUCCUCCUCAUGAGGGUGGUUACAAGAGCCGACAUCCAAUCAAGACACACGGAGCCCAGAACCAAAGGCAUCUUCUGUACGAGCGCUGGGCCCGCUGGGGCAUGUGGUAUAAAUACCAGCCUCUUGACCUCAUCAGACGUUACUUUGGUGAGAAAAUCGGCCUCUACUUUGCGUGGUUGGGCUGGUACACCGGCAUGUUGAUCCCAGCUGCCCUGGUUGGCGUUUUUGUCUUCCUCUACGGCCUCUUCACCAUGGACUCUAGUCAAGUCAGUAAAGAAAUAUGUGAAGGCAACACAACCAUCAUGUGUCCCAUGUGUGAGGAGAACUGUGGCCCGUGGACCCUGAGUGACAGCUGCGUCUACGCAAAGGUGACCCAUCUGUUUGACAAUGGCGGCACUGUGUUCUUUGCCAUCUUCAUGGCUAUUUGGGCCACGGUAUUCCUGGAGUUCUGGAAAAGAAGGAGAGCAGAGCUGACUUAUGACUGGGAUCUCAUUGAUUGGGAAGAGGAAGAGGAGGAGCUGCGGCCUCAGUUCGAAGCCAAGUACUCCAGGGUGGAGAGGGUCAACCCCAUCUCUGGCAAGCCCGAGCCGUUCCAGCCGUUCUCAGACAAACUCAGCCGGCUGAUGGUGUCUGUGUCCGGAAUAUUCUUCAUGAUUUCCCUGGUUCUGACGGCCGUGUUUGCCGUGGUGGUGUUCCGCCUCAUAGUGAUGGAGAAGUUUGCCUCCUUCAACUGGAAGUUUGUGAAGAAGAACUGGCAGUUUGCCACCUCCGGCACCGGCGUCUGCAUCAACUUCAUGAUCAUCAUGUCUCUCAACGUGGUGUAUGAAAAGGUGGCCUAUCUGCUGACUAAUUUAGAGCAUCCGCGGACCGAGUCGGAGUGGGAGAACAGCUUCGCUCUGAAGAUGUUCCUCUUCCAGUUUGUAAAUCUGAACAGCUCCACGUUUUACAUCGCCUUCUUUCUUGGAAGGUUUGCUGGCAGGCCCGGAAAAUACAAUAAACUCUUUAAUCGAUGGAGACUGGAGGAGUGUCACCCGAGCGGCUGUUUGAUUGAUCUGUGCCUGCAAAUGGGAGUCAUCAUGUUCUUCAAACAAAUCUGGAACAACUUCAUGGAGCUCGGAUAUCCCUUGCUGCAGAACUGGUGGUCUCGCAGGAAGUUAAAGAAAGGAGGUGGAGGAGGGCAGAAUGUAGACAAUAAAGCCCAGCUCCCCCAGUGGGAAAAAGACUGGAAUCUGCAGCCGAUGAACACCCAUGGACUGGUGGAUGAAUACCUUGAAAUGGUUCUCCAGUUUGGCUUCACCACCAUCUUUGUAGCAGCAUUCCCGCUGGCUCCUCUCCUGGCUCUGCUCAACAACAUCAUCGAGAUUCGUCUUGACGCCUACAAGUUUGUCACUCAGUGGAGGAGACCCAUGCCGGCCCGAGCCACUGACAUCGGUAUCUGGCAUGGGAUCCUCGAAGGAAUCGGCGUGCUGGCGGUCAUCACCAACGCCUUUGUCAUCGCCAUCACCUCAGACUACAUCCCCCGCUUUGUGUACGCCUUCAAAUACGGCCCGUGUGUGGACAAGGGGCAUCACCACGAGGAUGAGUGUCUGCGAGGCUACAUGAACAGCAGCUUGUCUGUGUUUGACAUGGGCGAGUUCAAAAACAGCAGCCAGUCCAGGUACUGCAGGUACCGGGACUACAGAGCGCCGCCCUGGAGCCCGGUCCCAUACGAGUUCACCCUGCAGUUCUGGCACGUCUUGGCUGCCAGGCUGGCCUUCAUCAUCGUCUUUGAGCACCUGGUGUUUGGGAUCAAGUCCUUCAUAGCGUACCUCAUUCCGGACAUGCCGAAGGGCCUGUGUGAUCGCAUGAGGAGGGAGAAGUACCUGAUGCAGGAGAUGAUGUACGAAGCCGAGCUGGAGCACCUGCAGAAGGAGCGGAAGAAGAACGGACGGCGGUAUCACCACGAGUGGCCUUAG